UGUCCACUGCAAAUUGUGUAUUUAUUUAAUCAUAACAAUAAAAUAGUAACUGUGUCAAAUCAGUGUCAGCACUUUUUCAUUAAACUGUGAAUCUCCGCGUGAGUCAUAUCGGCUGUGUAAUGGGUACAAUUUAAAAACGCAGCGAUGAGUGGUAAUGACGCUUUUAACAGAAGUUCACGGACUCCGCGAAGUCCCCCUCCAGAAGGAAGACCAGCUAUGGAAACCACCCCAGGAACCCCAGUAGCAGCAGCACGAGCCGAGGCACCUGAUGUAGUCUCAACCACUGAAAUCCAGAAAUGGAUUUCCGAAAUUGAAAAGCGCCUUAGUGAAAUUUGCACCAUUGCAAAUGAUGGUAAAUUAAACUCAGACCAAAAACUGAGAAUAAACACGCUAAGUAAGAGCGUAUUAGGAGGAAUCUCGCAAUUGGCUGUACAAUACCAGGCGGUCAAGCAGAAUUUAUUACUUAGCCAAGCCAAAGUGAAUACCUUGUCCAUGCAAACAAACAUCAGCACCCAGCUAUAUGAACUCAAACAGUGCAUACAAGAAAAAGCAACAACCGAAGAAAAACAAUCGUUCGCCGACAUGGUUAGGACCGGGAAAAGCUCGACUGUUGUGCCUACCAAGUCAAGUAGUAGCAUCGCAAUUUACCCUGCCGACAAAGAAAAAUCCAGUGAGGACACCAAAAACCUGAUCCAAAACUUAAUUAAGCCCGAGACCCUGAAACUUCACGUACGUGGUAUGAGAAAAACAAAGAACGGUGGAGUCAUAAUCAGCACCGAGAGAAAGGAUGACCUUGAAAAGCUUAAAGCAUCUCAGCAGCUGCAGCAAUCAGGACUUAAAGUGGAAGAUACCACCAAAAGGAGACCGAAGAUAAUCAUCCUAGGAGUCCCGACAAAUAUGUCCGAAGGAGAAGUGUUCGAUUGUAUUUUUAAACAAAACAUUGCAGACUUACAACCAAAUCUCACUAGGGAUACAUUUAUGUGCUCAGUUAAACUUAGUCAUAAAUCUGGAAAAAAGGACUUAUCCACCUGCAACUACAUCCUAGAAUGCACAGCCGAAGUCCGACGUAUGCUCAUACAACAACAACGCGUUUUUAUCAAUUGGACAUCUUGCCCAGUACGAGAUUUCACUCUCCUGACCCGUUGUUACUUAUGCCAUUUAUACGGCCAUUCGGCUAAAUAUUGCAAAGAUACAGAACCUACUUGUGGACAUUGCGGGUCAUCAGGCCAUGGUUUUAAGGAGUGUCCAAAGCAAGCUGAACCCGCCAAAUGCGCUACGUGUCUGCGCUUUAAAAAGCCGGCCAAUCAUAAAACCGGAGACGACCAGUGCCCAGCGAAGAAAAAUGCGCAACUUAGGUAUAUAAAUUCUAUAGAUUAUGAGGGCGCCUAGAGCGCCGCGUUUCAACGUCAUCUGCUGCACAUAUCAACAAAAAUGGAUAACGCAACCAACGUCUUGCUUGACGAUAUUGAGGCCUCGUGUGAGUAUGAAUCACUAGUGUGCGACCCAGAUAGAUGCUCGACGCUUGUCAAUACUUAUGGUUCAAAUUUAAAAAUACUUUUACAAAAUAUUAGAAGCCUAAACAGUAAUUUCAAUGGACUCUUAACUUUACUAAGCUUAAUAAAUUCUGACGUUGAUAUAAUUGUAUUGACAGAGUGCUGGAUUACCUCGAACCAAACGAUCCCUCAAAUAAAUGGCUAUAAUUCUUACGUAAGUUUAAAAACCAACGUGUUGCAAAAUGACGGUGUCGUGUUCUACAUUAAAGAAAAUAUAAAUAAUGUAACUGUGGAAGAGCCCGAUAUAUUUCUAGAUGCAAACUGCUUAAUAUUGAAAAUAGGAACUGAUACGGCUUUAGUAGGCAUUUAUCGCUCCCCCUCGAAUAAAAACAUAAACAACUUUCUAUUGUCCCUUAAUAAAAUUUUAUCGCAGCUAUCGAUAUUUAAAAAUGUAUUUGUUAUGGGAGAUUUUAACAUUGAUAUCAAAAACGGCAACCAAGAUCGAAACUCUUUUGAAUACUUAACUCAAUUAGCUUUUCUUGGAUAUCUUCCUUCUCACCUCCGACCAACUAGAGAAAAAAAUUGUCUUGACCAUGUCUUUGCAAAGUCUAAACUUGCCUUAAAAACUUUAGUGCUCCAUAGUAGUUUAACUGACCACAGUUCAUUGUUACUGUGUAUUCCUCAGUAUUACCAAAGAGCCCCUAGUCAAGUCAUCAUAUCUAAACUGGACAAUAAAUCAGCUACCCGUGACAUAGAAAAUCUUGAUAUGACCCCUAUUUACCAAGCGACAGAUGCCAAUGACGCCAUGGAAUACUUAGUCUCAUCUUUAACACGAAUUAUAGAAAAUAACACAGUGACUAAAAGUAUGUCACGCAAAAUGAAAACUAUUAAACCAUGGAUAACCCCCGGAUUGUUACGAUGCAUUAGAAACCGUGACAGAAUGCAUAAAAAACUGGCAAAAACUCCAAAUGACACAAUACUUAAAACAACAUACCAACGUUAUCGAAAUUUUUGUAAUAAUCUGUUAAAAAACCUAAAACGACAACAUGACAAAACAGAAAUAAUAAAAGCAGGACACGAUAAAAAGAAAUUAUGGAAAGUCAUCAAAAACGUAACAAGUAUGAGUAAUAUGAGGUCGACGUCUCAAGCGCUUAUAGCUGACGCUAUAGACGCUCGGCAGACAGUC